UCCCCUUGCCUAUUACAAAUGACCUUACAAGAGCAAAGGAAGUUUAAUAAUGGCGAAUGAUACCACCCCAGUCCGAGCAGGAGCUGCAAAUGUUCCCUUUGGCCACGUGAUAGGCAACGCGAAAUGGAAGGGCUCGCAGAUUGCUCAGGAGAUGCAAGGGAAAGUUAAGAUUAUUCUAGAAGAUGGCCUGGGAGUUGUGGAUUUUCAUCUUUCAAAUAGAUCCUGCAUCCUCUAUGUUUCUGAAGCAGAUCUGGUGGCAGGAAAUGGCUUCAAAAGAAGACUUGUUCGUUUUAGAAAUGCUUGCAAUCUUCAAGGGAUUGUAUUAGUUGAAAAAACCCAGAUAAGCGACCAAUAUUUCCCCGAAGUGCAGAAAUUUGUUGUCCUGGAACUUGGAAUGACAUUACUUCCAGUGGCCAACCAAAAAGAAGCAGCUCAACUUAUUGUUCAGUUGGUGCAUGAGCAAACUAAAACCAGUAAUCCCUUCCAUAGUAAGAAACGUACCAAGUUCUUGGAGUCGUCUGUACUCCACACAGUUCAGCAGAUUCCAGGAGUUGGGAAAACAAAGGCGCUGCUUCUUUUGGAAAACUUUGGAAAUAUCCAUCGGCUUUGCAAUGCCUCUGUCCAGGAGCUCGAAGGAGUAGUUGGCCGCAGCCUGGCCCAACAAAUCCAUAUAUUCUUCACACAGACAAAAUAAUGGUGGUUUUUCAGCAUCAGAGAUAAGCUUUUUGAAAGGCUGGCAUAUUCUUUUAAACACAUGGUUGGAUUUCAGUUUGUGUGAAACACACCCUUCUGUUACAUCUGAGGAACAAAUAAACCAGGAAAUUAUUUUUAAGCUCCAAGUUUGCUCCAUCCGGGCUUUGUCAGGUAUGACCCUGGCUUUCAGUUAAGGACAGCUGGAAGUGAUGCCGCUUUUUAUAAAUAGCAUUGAACCCUUCUUCCUGGAGGAUUAGCUGCAGCACCAACAUCCCAUUUGUCUCCCUCUAAAUAGUCUUUGUUAAUGUAUUAACAGUUUCUUAAGUAAAUUCUUCAUGCCAAGCUCAGCUCCUUCUUAAAGGAACAUUCAAAUAAGCCUGACUUCAUCUCUCUUUGUUAAGACUUAAAAAAUAUGGGGUCACUGAACAACUUUUUGAGCAGAAAAAGAGCAGGUUGUUAAAUGUAAAUUAAUUUUACAUUCAUUCAGUAGACCAUCCCUAUUGCAAGGUAGCUUUGGAUGCAUAAGGGGAACCUAAUCAGUCCACUUGACUUUUGCUUGACAAUCAUAACUUGCUUUUGGAGAAGUUAUUAAUUCUGAGCACCUGAGCUUCUGCCUUGACUGGAUUAUUUACUGACCGACUAACUAUUGUGAACAGUAAGAUUUUAUGUGUUUGCUUUUUGUAUCUGUUAAAG